ACUGGCGGGGCUGUGCGCGGGGCGGGGACUUCGGGGCUCGGCGGGGCGGCUCUGACGGCUGCGGGAUCUCGCGGCCCCCCCUCUGCCCCGGGUCUGGCUGGCGCCCGGCAUGGCCGACAAGGGGCCGCCGCCUCCUCCUCGGUCGCCCCAGCAGCAGCUCCUUCGGGCCGGAGCUGCCAGUCUCAGAAGAGCUGCUCCUUCCUCCAAGGAGCUGUUGCGGGCAGUCAGGAGGCUCUGAAGAGAAAACUCCCCGUCAAGUCUAGGAUUGUGCUGCCGGCCAUCUCCCCUUGUGGACAACAAUCCCUCUUGAUCAUGGGGGUUCUGUGAGCCCCAGGAAUCUGCUUGAGGCCUGGCUGCCAGUGCUGCCCUCCCCAGACCAUGUGGCGGUCAAUUUUUCAAUGCCCGGUCCUCUUCCCCUUUCUUCAAGUGCCUGAAACAACGGCCGGCUGGGAAGUGCGUCUGGCCCUGUGGAUUCUCAGCUUUGCUUCAUCUGUGGUGCAGAUGGAGAGCCAGAUGUACUCACCCACUGUCAACACGCACUAUGGGAAGCUCCGUGGAGUGCGGGUACCGCUUCCCAGCGAAAUCCUGGGCCCCGUGGACCAGUAUCUGGGGGUACCCUAUGCAGCGCCUCCUGUUGGGGAGAAGCGGUUCAUGCCCCCUGAGCCACCUUCCUCCUGGUCCGGGAUACGGAAUGCCACCCACUUCUCCCCAGUGUGUCCACAGAACAUCCACACAGCCGUGCCCGAGAUCAUGCUGCCCAUCUGGUUCACAUCCAACCUGGAUUAUGUGGCCACCUACAUCCAAGAUCCAAAUGAAGACUGCCUGUAUCUCAACAUAUACAUCCCCACGGAGGAUGUAAAACGGAUUUCCAAGGAAUGCGCCAGAAAGCCCAACAAGAAAAUAUGUAGGAAAGGAGAGACUCAGGAUGGAGAACAAAAUAGGAAGGAAGAAAGAGGCUCCAGCGCUAAGAAACAGGGCGAGGACUUAGCGGAUAAUGACGGGGAUGAAGAUGAAGACAUCCGAGACAGUGGAGCCAAGCCGGUAAUGGUGUACAUCCAUGGUGGCUCGUACAUGGAAGGAACAGGAAACAUGAUUGACGGCAGUGUGCUGGCCAGCUACGGCAACGUCAUUGUCAUCACCCUCAACUACCGAGUUGGAGUGCUUGGGUUCCUGAGCACUGGGGACCAGGCAGCCAAGGGCAACUAUGGGCUCCUUGACCAAAUCCAGGCACUGCGUUGGAUCAGUGAAAACAUUGUCUUCUUUGGUGGUGACCCCUUGCGCAUCACUGUCUUUGGCUCCGGCAUUGGCGCCUCCUGUGUUAGCUUGCUCACCCUGUCGCACCACUCUGAAGGUCUUUUCCAGAGAGCCAUUAUCCAGAGCGGCUCAGCUCUGUCAAGCUGGGCUGUCAACUACCAACCUGUGAAAUAUACCAGCUUGCUGGCUGACAAGGUGGGCUGCAACGUGCUGGACACAGUGGACAUGGUGGACUGCUUGCGAAAGAAGAGCGCCAAGGAACUAGUGGAGCAGGACAUCCAGCCAGCACGCUACCACGUGGCCUUUGGGCCCGUCAUUGAUGGAGAUGUCAUCCCAGAUGAUCCAGAGAUCCUGAUGGAGCAAGGCGAGUUUCUCAACUAUGACAUUAUGCUGGGUGUUAAUCAGGGCGAGGGCCUCAAGUUCGUAGAGGCAGUAGUGGACCCAGAGAAUGGGGUCUCGGGCAGCGAUUUCGACUAUUCUGUUUCCAACUUUGUGGAUAACCUGUACGGCUACCCUGAGGGCAAAGACACUCUGCGUGAAACUAUCAAGUUCAUGUACACUGACUGGGCUGACCGGGACAACCCUGAAACGCGGCGCAAGACACUGGUGGCUCUCUUCACUGACCACCAGUGGGUGGAACCGUCCGUAGUGACUGCUGACCUCCAUGCCCGCUAUGGCUCCCCCACUUACUUCUAUGCCUUCUACCACCACUGCCAGAGCAUCAUGAAACCAGCCUGGUCUGACGCUGCCCAUGGGGACGAGGUGCCUUAUGUCUUUGGGAUUCCCAUGAUCGGCCCCACUGACCUCUUUCCCUGCAACUUCUCCAAGAAUGAUGUCAUGCUGAGUGCUGUGGUCAUGACCUACUGGACUAAUUUUGCCAAGACGGGGGAUCCCAACAAGCCAGUGCCCCAGGACACCAAAUUCAUCCAUACCAAGGCCAACCGCUUUGAAGAGGUGGCUUGGUCCAAAUAUAAUCCCCGUGACCAGCUCUACCUGCAUAUUGGCCUCAAGCCACGGGUCCGUGACCACUACAGGGCCACCAAGGUUGCCUUCUGGAAACACCUGGUCCCUCACCUGUACAAUCUGCAUGACAUGUUUCAUUACACAUCUACCACCACCAAGGUGCCGCCACCUGACACUACCCAGAACUCGCAUAUCACACGUCGGCCCAACGGCAAGACUUGGAGCACCAAACGGCCUGCCAUCUCCACUGCUUACACCAGUGAGGGUUCUCAGGAGAAGUGGAAUCCGGAGCAGGAUGGGGCAGGCACGCUGCUGGUCGAGAACCCUCGUGACUAUUCAACAGAGCUGAGCGUCACCAUUGCUGUGGGGGCCUCGCUGCUCUUCCUCAAUGUUUUGGCCUUUGCUGCGCUGUAUUACCGCAAGGACAAACGCCGCCAGGACACCCAUCGCCAGCCCAGCCCACAGCGUGCAACCACCAAUAAUGACAUUGGCCACACACCGGAGGAGGAGAUGCCCUCGCUGCAGGCUAACCAGACUCACCACGGGGAUUGUGAGGCUGUGCCGCCCCACGAUGCUCUCCGUCUUACCGCCUUGCCCGACUACACACUCACCCUGCGCCGGUCACCAGAUGACAUUCCUCUCAUGACACCCAAUACGAUCACCAUGAUCCCCAACUCCCUGGUGGGUCUGCAGACCUUACACCCAUACAACACCUUUGCGGCCAGCUUCAGCAAUACUGGGCUCCCACAUUCACACUCCACAACGCGGGUAUAGCUGCCCAAGCGCCCCGCACUCCCAUGCACAUACUCCACGCUCACUGGACCUGGCGCUGUGGGGGCGGACAUGGCACGCUCCUCCGGCUCGCUCUUUGGGGAUUUCAUUUGUAUCAAGUGCUUUGACUCUCCUGGUGCCCAGCAGGGGGCAGCGGGACCCAUCCUGGCCCAAAAGAGUACAGCCUAGCAAGGGCAAAGGAGGAUAACUGUGCUCCAAGAGCCAUCCAACGCUUUGCUCCUGAGUCCAGCCACACACUGCACAGGAGGAGGAGAUCUGGGGCCUUCGGGGCUUUCUGUUCUGGAGGAGGCUCCUGGAGCCAUGUUGACCCUGCUUGGGGAUGAAGGGGUCAAACAGGGACCAUCCAAGGGGCGCCCCCCCCCCAUCAUCCCUCAUCAUCACUAGAGAUUUACCAAUCAAAGUGCCACAGGAACUGCUCUUGCAGGCCAAGUCAUCUUGAGAGGCAACUGCUUGGAAUUGCUGGCACUGUGCCCAGGAAGCACCGGACAGGCGUGGUCUGGCAUAAGUUCCAGUGGUGGGUUCUGGAGAGCCUGGACUUGGUGCUGGGUCCAACAGAUACUGUCUGGUCCCCUACUCCCCACCUCUUACCCCAUGCUCUUCGUGUUGCGGAGAAAAUUUCUGUCUGUUGUUUCUUUCCAAAAGACGUUUUUUAAAGCAGAUCUUUAGUUCUUUAAACACUAACGGAGAUGCCCGUGUUUGGUCCUUUGUAAAGAUUUUAAACUAAGUGUUCUUGAUAAAGCCAGUGAGACAGACACACACACGCGUGCACACAUACACACACCCACAAAGACACUCGCCAGCUACGGCUGCGCUGCGGGCCCCUCCAGCAUCAUCCUGUGCCAAACCGAGAAACCAGCAGACUUCACUCGGGGUGGGCAGCAGGCCAAAGCCAGCCACAAGAUCCUUUUGUAUUUUUGAUACGCCCUUCCACCACCAUUCAUCUCUGUAUAUCUCACCCAAGCAACCUGGAUUUGAGGAUGAGCUGCACCCUUCCUCCAUCUGCCAAUUUCCUCAUUGCUCUGGCCACGCUACCCCCACUGCCCUUGCCACUUGCUGUGCCAAAUCUCAACCCUUUCACAGGUCAGCCAAGCUUACCCUGCCAGCUCACUCAUCCCUUGCUUCCAUGCCAGCCCAUGACUUUACUCUGAUCUCCGAUAUGCUGCCUCCCGUGCCCUCCUCCUCCUCUUUCCAGAUUGGAUCAGGCAGCAGUGUCUUCAUUGUACCUGAGUGAGGCCCAAGACAAGCUUGGCGGAGAGGAGGAGAAUCCCUGGAGGAGGGUCGUAGCAUAGUGUGGAUGCAAUGGGGCUCAAAACAUGGCGGAGAGGGACUUUGCUCCCCUACAAAUGGUUGCAAGAUCCCUUGGCAAAAUCCGUUCAUUUAGGGGGCAGCCUUGUACCUUGGGGGUGGGUGGGUUGCUGUAGGUUGUGUUACAGAAGAGGUGUCGAUUCUGUUCUUGGACUGAAAGGCACACCAAUAAGCAGGGGUCAGUCAGGGUAGAUAUGGGGUGGAGUUCAAGGAAGGCAGUUGAGUUAACGGUCCUGCAGCCAAGAUGGCAUAGCCCUGUACAGGCAGGAAUUGGACCUGGUUUGUACUGGAUAAAGAACAAGUCAGGACCCCCAUGAGACACACCCAGGGCACAUGAAUUGGUUUACAGGAUGUGGUCCCUCAGGUUGAAGAAGCAGAGAUGGAAGCUCUGGGGCCCCCAAGAAGGCCGCAGGAGCAUAGGGGGGCAGAGCCAAAGGGAUUCCGUCUGGCUUGCUCAGAAGCCUUGUAGCUUCUGUCCCAGCCCUAGUGUUAAGAGGGGGUUGUGGUGUACCCCUCUGUAUGGUCCCUUCCUCCAUCCCUGCUGCUGUCCUCCUGUAGAGGACAGCAUCUUACGUAGCAGGAGUUAAGGACGGAAGAUGAGAAUUUCCGGCUGAGAAUGUAUUUAAGCCCUGUCAAUCACCCACGCAGAAUAAAGAAUUCCAAAUAAAA